AGUGGGGGUGGUUAAGCGCAGUGAACAACAGGCGAAGAGACUAGCAGUUACUGGCAAUCAUUAGCAGGUUUCGUAUAGCGGGUUCUAAGCUCUACAGUUGACCAGAGAGUUGCAUUCCUGAAAAUAAAGUUGUAGAAGCAGUUCUCAAAUCACCUGCCUUCCACCGGAUCGAUACGUCGAAUUAGUUUUUGGUCCAACUAUUAUGUGCUCGUUUCGACCGUCUGUGUUUAUGAUCAUCAUUCACGUCGGCUGACAGCUGUCAAUCCCUCAUUUGGGUCACCAGUGAAUCAUCGUAUCGGCAACCGAGGGGCCUCCCCAGACGAGUCCUGAACAGUAGCCUAAAACCAGCUAAGCUCCACGGGCACUAAAAAGCCGCACGGGACGAUCAUCAUCCCCAUAGCACACGCACACUCUUAUAGCGAUUGCUUUUGUAAAUUCGACGAGUGUGGUAUUACAAGCGGAUUCUUGCAUUGCAGCGAUAUCGCCGGCAUGGCGUCCAGCUCCGUCAGCCAAGAAGAUUUUGACAAUGACUUCGAGUUGACAUCUAGGCGGUCCAGGAUCAGGACUGCUAGAGCUAGAGUGGGUCCACCUAGAACAGGAGAUGUGUCUUCCAUAAGCUUUCAAAAGAGUACACCCGACAUGGAAGAAUCGCAAGGUGCUUACGACACAAGUUCCAAUCCCAUGCUUCUAUCCGAGCAUGACAACUUGCAGAGUAAACCCAUAAUAAGGAAGCAAGAUAAACGCGUAACGGGCCGUGUCUUUAGUGUCGUAUCCUGUUUGCACAGGCCAACGCAUAUAAACAAGGGAAAGCAGCAACGCGAUCGACGGAAACUACGAGAAAAACGGCGUAGCACAGGAGUCGUGCAUUUACCAUCGACAGAGAGCACCGGUGGUAGUACGGGAGAAGAUGAGGAGGAACUUACUGGUACUUGCCUUGAAACUAAGCAUAACACGCAUCACAAUGAAUUCCUUGAUCAUGAAUUGAUAGAAGACCGGACCGCCAGAAUGUACACACAAAGGCGAAAUAAAAGUCACUCGGAUUUGGAAGCCGACGACGAGGAAUUUGAUUCUCUUAAUCAAUCUGAUAGCAUUAAUCAAUCGGACCAUGGCAAUCACGAGCCGCAGACAUCUGUCAACGCGACCGGCAGACCGAGAUUGCCAACACCAACCGGCGACAAUCCACACGAAUUGAUUGAACGAGCACAGGAGGAGAACAGGAGGCUAUUGUCCCUUUUAGAGGACCGAGAUCAUAAAAUUAUGGCGCUCGAGGCUCGCCUUUUAAAGCAACAACACGAAAUGGCCGUGGAACGAGAACGGCUUCGUGAGGAGAAUGCUACGUUGAUUCGUGCGAUGGCUGCAUUAGCCAGCAAUUAAUCUUCUUCGUCUAAUAAAAAUCUUGCCUUCUUGGCUCUUUGCUCCUUAUGAUAAUCGCCGAGCUGCAGGAUGAGCCGUAAGUCGCGCACUGCGCUGAUUAUUUUGAUUAUUAUCAUAUAUAUUUUGUUUUAUUCUCUCUUUCUCUCUCAUUUGUAGUAGCAAGAACAAUUUAUUUAUCUUUUCGUUGGUCUAACAUAAUUUUUCCAUCGUAUCUCCCAAUUUUUCGAUUGUUGGGAAAUUUGCAACCAUUACAGGGUGAACGACUGAAAAUCGCAUAUUGCGUUAACUAUUUUAAUUAUUGUUGAUAUUGUGAUAUACAUAUUUUUAUGUAGUAUAUAAUAUAAACUGAUCAAAGAAUCUACGUUCUCUAUCGAGUAUUAAAUUAGUAGAGAAUCUUUUUUCGCGUUAUAUGUAUAUUGAUACCUUCGAAAAUUGAUCGAGUUAACUAUAAAGCACAAAUAUUGCGCGUUGCACUAAAUAUCUUAAUUGCUUUUGUGAUAUCUCUGUACGUUUUUCCUUGCUCAAUAUAUAUAAUGCAGAAUGCUUCAAGAAAAAUUUUAUUCUUCUGUUGAAUUGUUUUCUUUUUUUUCACAAUGCAGUUCUGCACCUGCGGUUUACUUUGAUUUUUAAUUUUCUCAACGAAAGAUAAAAACUGGAAAAUGUGGCACAAAGAUUUCUUUCUGUAUUUAUAUAUUUUUUUUUCUUAAAUUGGCAACUAUAGAGCUGUAGAAUAAAAUUGUGCAUCAUGUUAUAUUUUUACUUCUUUUUUUUUAUGAAUUUAAAAGGCUGAAAACUUAAUAGAGAAUAUAUAAAUGGAUUAGUUUGUAAUAAAAGUUAAAAAAUUUAAGUUGAUAGCCUGUUAAGUUUAGAUAUUUAGUUCAAUAAAUUAAGAAUAUUUUCACAUUGCAUUCGUAGUAAUUAAUUUUCUACAUCCCUCCGAUGCAUGAUUUAUGGAUCAUCCUAGGCAAUAUGGAAGAUACACCCUAAUUAAAAGUAAAUCUAAUUUUUAGUGCGUAUCGCAGAUUGAAUCAUUACGAAUAAACAGAUAAUUCUCAGAUCCGGCUAUACGGGAAUCGUAUAAAUGUAUGAUUUUGCAAUCUGCAAUGCGAGCUACAUGUUGUAAAAAGCAAUAGUAAUUCUCAAUCUUGUAAAGACAUUAUUGAUAACAAUCAUGGCUUGCAGAACUUCAGUUGUAGCCACACAGAUCGGAUGGAUUAUUAUACAUAUGUAUUUGCUAUCUCCCUUACUGAUUAAUUGCCAUUAUUUGCUUCAAUGCUUUCCUCAGUGAAAUAACAUAUAAUAAAUACAUAUAUACAUGUAUGUAUAUACGUAUGUAUGUGUGUGUGUGUGUGUGUGUGUGUGUGUGUGUAUGUAAUAUUGAAACCAUGCAAAAGGACCGAUUACGACAUAAGCGACUUAAUUCAUUUUCUAUUAUAAUAAUAUAAGAAUGAAUGAUCUACGGAAGUUUUGUACUUGCAACACAUGAUGAUGUAAGAUUAUGAAUUAUUUUAUUACUAUUAUAUUAUUAUUAAUAUUAUUAUUAUUAUACGUAAUCCGUACAAAAUUCUAUGUAUAUAUAGACACGCAAAUAAUUCUGUAGUAAUCAAUUAAUGCAUUUAAUUAGGAAACUCUGCGGCAAGUAUCUAUGUUGUAAUACGCGGAACGAUAUAACGAGAAUGUGUAAAAUUGUUUGAAGAAAAACUUUUAUUGCCAAGCUA